GCCGCGCUGCGCGGGAAUUCACUUUCAGUUUAUGGGUUUCCGGUAGGAUCAGUUACCUGCUCAGAAAGCUAAGAGAUGCCCCGCUUGUUCAACUGUAUCGUAGCUGUUUGCCCCAACAUGGGGAUCGGCAAAGACGGAAAUUUCCCCUGGCACCCGGUCCGGUUGAACAAAGAACUCAAGUAUUUUCAGAAGAUGACCACCACACCAUCAGUAGAAGGGAAAAUCAAUGCUGUCAUAAUGGGACGGAAAACCUGGUUCUCUAUUCCUGAGAAGUUUAGGCCACUUAAGAACCGGAUAAAUAUUGUACUAAGCAGAGAACUGAAGGAGCUGCCAGGAGGAGCAAAUUAUCUGGCUCGUGAUUUGGAAUCAGCACUUGCUCAUCUGGAUUCACCAGACCUGCGGGACAAAGUGGAUCUUGUGUGGAUAAUAGGUGGGAGCAGCCUCUACAAGGAGGCCAUGGAAAGUCCAAUGUCACAUCGGCUUUUCAUGACUCGUAUCCUUCAGGACUUUGAAAGUGAUACCUUCUUACCCGAGAUCAAUUUAAAUCAAUUCAAACUCCUUCCUACAUUCCCUGAUGUUCCUACUGAUGUUCAGGAAGACAAUGGGAUCCAGUAUAAAUUUGAGGUGUAUGAAAGGAUCACACAGGCAUAGCUUAAGGAAGUUCCAGACAUGGUUAUUUUUUGUAUUGUUUCUGAAAUGUCUAAAGCUCUAUCUAUGUGAUUUGACUUUCACAAUAGAAUGUAUUUAUACUGAAGAAUCUCAAUGAAGUAGUUGAUCAGUCUGAAGAGCACGCUGGUAAUAAUAACCAUCAUUGGAUCCCAUAACGUAAAGAGCCUGGAAAGCACCAUUCGAAACCCACUUGAUGUAGGUGUGGCUGAACUAACACUGAAAAUACUCAAUAUCACCGAAAUAAAGCAGUGUGCUUGAUCCGAGUAUCAAACCUCAAGGGCAGCAGGAACAUGGGAAUAUCACCUCAAAUUCAAAUGGGUCAGAUUUCAUCCCUCGUUUAGAAAGCAAGCUUUUGGAAUGUUUGGGAAUAUGGUAGCCAUGGUUAGCAAAUGAGUCACUGUGCUGUGAAAUGUAUUUUGUAAAAUGAGUUACUAGAUGUAAUUAUUGGGUAAAUCAUUGAUGAUAAAGACAUUGGAGGCCUCUACCUGUUGUGUAUUUUGUUGUUAAGAUAGACAAUACUGCAAGAUCACGUUUGUUAUCAAUCAUAGUUUCAUAUACAAAGUGGUGGUGGGCACUCUGUUUUCACUGCUAUACCUCUUGUGGUGAUGGUCUUACAGAUCAUGUAUUGGCAUGGAUAGAGGAUUGAUUGACCAGUAGAAAGUAAAGAGUAGGGAUAAAUGGGUGAUUUUCUGGUUGGCAGUCAGUGGCUAGUGGUGUGCCUCAGGGAUCAGUGUUGGGACUGCAAUUGGUAAAAAAUUGCAGGAGGCUGUUAUGCAAAGAGACUUGGGUGUCCUUGUGCAUGGAUUGGUAAAAGUAGGAUUGCAGGUGCAGCAGGUAAUUAAAAAGGCAAAUGGAAUUUUGUCUGCCAUUGCUCGGGGGAUGGAGUUUAAAAACAGGGAGGCUAUGCUACAGCUGUAUAGGGUCCUGGUGAGGCCACACCUGGAGUACUGUGUGCAGUUUUGGUCUCCUUACUUGAGAAGAGAUAUACUAACACUGGAGGGGGCGCAGAGGAGAUUCACUCGUUUGAUUUCAGAGUUGAGAGGGUUGGAUUAUGAGGAGAGCCUAAAUAGACUGGGAUUAUACUUGUUGGAAUUCAGAAGAAUGAGGGGAGAUCUUAUAGAAACAUGUAAGAUUAUGAAGGGAAUAGAUAAUGUGGAGGCAGGGAGGUUGUUUCCACUAGCAGGUGAAACUAGGACUAGAGGGCAUCACCUCAAAAUAAAGGGAAGCAGAUGAGGUCAGGAGGAACUUCUUCACCCAAAGGGUUGUGAAUCUGUGGAAUUCCCUGCCCAGUGAAGUGGUUGAAGCUACCUCACUGAAUGUUUUUAAGGCAAGGCUAGAUAAAUGUUUGAACAUUUAAGGGUUAUGGUGAGUGGGUGGGUAAGUGGAGCACAGUCUCAAAAAGAUCAGCCGUGACCUUAUUAAAUGGCAGGGCAGGCUCAAGGGGUCAGAUGGCCUCUUCCUGCUCCUAGUUCUUAUGAUCUUAUGGUACAGUGCUAUCAGGUAGAGAAUUCCAAAUUAUUGAGUUUCCCUCCUUUACAGCAGUGACUAACAGUUUGUGAUAUUCUGAGGCCACAGAACUGUAAUUAUAAUUCAUUUCUUUCUUUCAGUUUUUUUGGCAUUUAAUUUUAUUUUCUCACAUCAUCACCCUUAUUGGCUCUCAACUGGUGACUGCUGGAUUCAGGGCUAGGACUUCUAGAACUGGGGUUCAGGUGCCACUUUGGUUAAGAUACAGAUCCCUUCUGUCUUCACAACAGAACAGUCCACAGUCUCGGAAUUCCAGCAUGUGGUUGUGAUUUUAAACCUAACCAGGAAUUUGUAUAGAUGAAGCACAACUUUUGCUGCUUUGAAAUAUUAAUGCUUUAAAUAUAAAUUGUAUUGUUCCAUUAA